AUGGCAAACUCUGAUUCAAGUAGUCAGCCGCAGAAGAGUCAGGAAGGUAAGACAACCAAGUCGAAGGAGGCGUCUGUUCUACUCUCAAAGCCUGUGAAGAUUUUAUCCUCUACAAAAGCUGCUACUCCAGCGAUCUCAAAACCGAUACAGGUAACCGGGCAAGGUAUUUCAAGUUCUAUAUCUGCUUUGAAACGUGUUAAAAAUGAAGGAAUAGAAUAUACGAACGCCCUGGGAUCGAUCGUGAUAUCCCCUGUUGCCAAGUUCAAUCAUGAGAACGUUCAAAAUGAAGAAGAUGAUUUGGCAAAAUCAAAAUAUAUGAUGAAGAGUAUUGCAGGCUUAUUAACGACGGCAAGUGUUUAUGCAGGAAUGAACAUUGCACAAAGUGCCGAGGAUUUGGCAGAAGAAGAUAAAAUAGUAAAGUCAUCCGAAACGCUAGAUCUACCUAAUGCUCCUCUAGAACAGAGAAAGCCUACACUCUUCGAGCUCUCAGUAGUCCCAAAGAUUAACAAUAGAGAUGUGGCCCAAAGGGACGCAGAUGACAAUGGAAUCGAAUAUGAAGAGUCUACAAAGGAAAAUAUAAAGUGGAAACUACAGCGUAAAUUCAAUUUGGAUCAAGAUGAAGAGUUUCAAUAUGGUAGUUCUGCAUGGUUAUUAAAAGACGUUUUAAUCCAAGGUCAUGUUUUCGUUACUUCAAAACACUUACUUUUCUUUGCAUAUUUACCAAAGACCUCCGGCGAAGUUAAAAUGACAGGGCAUCUUAAUGUUAAGGCCAAAUUAAAAGGAUCAAAUCGCUACUGGUGUAUCUUGAAGGGAGAUAUUUUUUCGUUGUAUAGCUCUCCGACUGAAAUUUACUUUCCCAUAUUGACCAUUGAUUUAAGAAAUGUCACAUUAAUUGAAAUCCAGAAAAAUUCCAAUAAUACAGAGUUAGCUAGUAAUUUCAAAUUGGUGACAGAGGAAAAAACUUUCAGGUUCAAUGCAGACUCACCAUAUUCUGCAAAGACAUGGUGCAAUGCCCUAAGAAGACAACGUUUCACAGCUGAAAACUCCGAAAAUAAUUCUUUGAGUUUGAAGAUUCCAAUAUCUAAUGUCAUGGAGAUUGAUGACCAAAAAAUGACCAAUGAAUCCAGUAUCUUGCGGGUAAGGGCAUUGGAAAGUAGAGAGACGUUUGCUGUUGAUGACUACAUUUUUAUGUUUUUAGAUACGGCUGGUGAUCAAUUAAAAGGGAAGCUAGAAGGGCAAAUAUCAGAGUUAAAACUUAACGGAACAAAAACAAUCUACAAUAGCGAUCCUACUGCCAUUGUUAAUAAACAGCAGGAUAAAUUAAUCCAGGCAAAUAAGAAUUCAGAUGACAAUGCAACUAAAAAUUAUAGAAAACAUUCAUCAUCUUCACCUAUACGGUACUUACCUCUGGUAAGAAAGAUAACCUCCAAAAAACUUCUUGAUGAACCGCCAUCAGCAAAGGCAGAACAAAAGUCGAAAAUACAAAGGUUUAGAUCAAAAAGUAACCAACUUCUGCGAAGGAGUCAUAAUACAGAUGACACUCGAAUUGAAGAAAGUAUAAUUAUUGAAAGUUAUUCUACACCAUCAGCAUUAGAGAUUCAACAGUCUCCGUCUGAUACUCCUAUCCCGGGCUCAUAUUCACCUUCUUCCGAUGACCAUAGUACCAGACGUGAAAAACUAACUGAGUGGACGUCAAAACCAUUCAAAAAUGUCGCUGGAAUGUGGUCUGCAAAGCCCACCCAUUAUGAUAAUAGUUGGGUAAAAUUUCCAGAAAGCAAACAUCUUUUUGUUGUGAAAGGAAAAGAACUCGUCAAUGCUAACAAGCGAUUCAGAUUUCAUUUCAACUUGAAAAAAGAAGAAGUUCUGCUCAGUUCUUAUUAUGCACACUUAAAUAGAAAUGUGCCAAUAUACGGUAAACUAUAUUUGGGGGAUGAUGUGUUGUGCUUUAGAUCUCUCCUGCCUGGUACUACAACAAAAAUGGUUCUACCUUUAACUGAUAUUGAGACUUGUUAUAAAGAAAAGGGAUUUAGGUUCGGAUACUACGUUCUGGUACUGGUAAUUAAUGCGUAUGAGGAAUUAUUCUUCGAAUUUAGUAAUGAGGCUACAAGAAAUGAUGCUGAAUCAAUUUUGCUUGAAAGAGUUGAAAAAUUAAAGGUAGUAAAAAUAGAUUCAGCUACAGUUGCUGAAAAUUACAUAGAAACUGAUUCUGAAAAUGCUAAACUGAAAUUCUUUGAAGAUAAGAUUGCUGCACAGGGCUUCGAGGUUCCUCUACUCGUUGACCAAAAUCCUAACUUCAAGACAACUAUCGUUCCAAACAAAUCCUAUAGUUUUGGACUUCUAACAAUUGGCUCGAGGGGAGACGUCCAGCCAUAUAUUGCGUUAGGGCAGGGAUUGAUAAAAGAAGGACAUCAAGUCACUAUAAUCACUCACAGAGAAUUCAAGGAUUUUGUUGAGAACCAUGGCAUUAAGUUCAAGGAACUCGCCGGUGAUCCUGCAGAACUGAUGGCUCUUAUGGUGGAACAUGAAUCAAUGAAUAUCGGAAUGUUGAGAGAUGCUUCUUCAAGAUUCAAAGGUUGGAUUAAACGUCUGCUUCAAACAUCAUGGGAAGCCUGUAAGACUUCGAAUUUUGAUAUUUUAAUUGAAUCGCCAUCGGCCAUGGUGGGUGUUCACAUUGCAGAGGCAUUACAAAUACCGUAUUUUAGAGCUUUUACAAUGCCUUGGACAAGAACAAGAGCUUAUCCACAUGCAUUUAUUGUUCCAGAUCAGAAAAGAGGUGGUAAUUACAAUUAUCUAACUCAUGUACUCUUCGAAAAUGUCUUUUGGAAAGGUAUAAGUGGGUAUAUAAAUCAAUGGAGGGUGGAAACUUUAGGCUUAAACAAAACUAAUCUAUAUUUGCUUCAACAGAAUAAAGUUCCCUUUUUGUACAAUAUCUCACCAACUAUUUUCCCACCAUCUAUUGAUUUUAGUGAAUGGGUAAAAGUUACAGGAUACUGGUUUGUGGAUGAAAAAGAAACAUAUGCCCCCACUAAAGAAUUAGAAAGUUUUAUAAAAAAGGCAAGAAAUGAAGGAAAAAAGCUUAUAUAUAUAGGAUUUGGGUCUAUCGUAGUUUCCAAUGCAAAAGAGAUGACAAAAGCACUUGUUGAAGCAGUCGUUGAAGCAGAUGUUUACUGUAUCUUAAAUAAAGGUUGGUCUGAACGUCUAGGUGAUAAGUCAGCUAAGGAGGUUGAAAUUGAAUUACCUGAUUGCGUCUUCAACGCAGGCGCAGUACCACAUGACUGGCUAUUUCCCCAGCUAGAUGCUGCGGUACAUCAUGGUGGAUCUGGGACUACGGGUGCCACGCUACGUGCUGGACUACCAACAGUAAUCAAGCCCUUUUUUGGAGAUCAAUUUUUUUACUCUAAUAGAAUCGAAGAUAUUGGCGUCGGUGCUGCUCUUCGCAAAUUAAACAGUAAAAGCUUAGCUAAUGUAAUUAAGAAAGUACUUACGGAUGAAAGAAUAAUCGAGAAAGCAAAAAUUAUUCAGAAGCAAAUUGCCAAAGAAAAUGGUGUGAGAACUGCGAUUAAUUGUAUUUAUAGCGAACUCGAAUAUGCUAGGAGCUUAAUUGCUUCUAAGAAAGCAAACAGAAGGAUGAGCCUUCCAUUUAAUUUUGAAACUGUGACAUCAGUUGCAGAAACUGGUGUCAAUUCUGCAACAAAUGUCGUGACGAAUAUGAUACCAAGUUUCAAUGUUGAUGAUUCAUGGAUUCUUCUCUAG